CAGAGCCCUCAGCCAUUUUAGUAACACAGUAUUUUGCGCUGUGAAUUUGGAAAAAGUGUAUAUUGUUCCUAUCGGAUAUAGUAACGAUAGUCCAUCUCUGACAUUUUCCUUAACAUCAGCUGUUGUGAUUGAAGUGGUGACUUUGUUUGUAAAUAAAAUGAACUACAACGCCAAGCGUGUAAUGCGCCAGAACUCGGUUUGCAUAGGGUCUAACGAUCUGGCUUCGUCUCCGAUAAUGGUAGGACCCGCCCCGCCUUCGGCGCCCAGCACGCCGCAACUGCAGACCACCGAGGACAUCAAGCCGAUUCAUGUGCAGCGCCAGGUUAUCUUGCUGCAGAGUGCCCCUAUUCCGCAGAAUCCUUCGCCGAAUCAGCAGUUGAGCUUGCCUGCUCAAAAUGCAGCAGGCGGUGCCAGUGGAAGCAACAUUGCCAAUACUCCGCAGAUACCGGAUGACGCCCCAGUGUCUCUUCUCACGGAGAUCGCCGAUAUUAUGCGCAGUUUCGGGGAUAGCGAUCAGCCAAUAAAAACGAGCGUCAAGCUGGUGGAGCAGAUCCUGCAGCAGCAACUGCGUGGCAUCUUCAACGAAGCCUCUUUGGUGGCCAUGCGACGCAAGCAGAAUCCAUGUCCCUCGCAGGCGGACUUCGAGUUCCUGAUGCGGAACCACCCAGUAAAGAUUGCGCGCAUGCGAAAGCACCUCAAGGAUAUGCGCAUCCUCAAGAGGUUUCUCAGCAUCCGGACAGGAAGACCCCAGGACUUUAUGGACGAUCUGGAGCAGCAGGAGGAGGACGAGGAGUUGGCCAUUGAUGUACACGAGUUGCACGACGAAGAUCGCAUGCGGCGGCUGUUCCGAGCUGAUCGAAUUUCGCAGAUUCUUACGGGUCAGCAGUAUUUAGAGUUCAAUGAGGCACGCAAGACAUCCUUCUACUGUCGCCAUGGCGAGAAGAUAAAGAACAAGUUUCGACGCUUUCUGGACCUUCCGGCCGACCUGCGCAUCCCCACACCCACCAUGAACAUCUUGGCCUAUUUGGCGCAUGAGACCAUUGCCGCCAUUGUCGACUACUCAAUCCUGACGCGACUAAACUCGGGCAACCGAGUGACCGAGCCAUACAGCCGAGUGACCUCCGCUGGCGGCAGUCCGGCCAUGAUGCACGUCUGUCCCGAGGUCACACAGGGUCGUGGCAUGGAGGUGGUCAAGCCAAUAAGUGUACCGGAGAUUCACGAGGCCAUGCGCCGCUUCCGGCAAAUGAGCAGCCGGAAGAUUGGGCGAUACCGCAACUCGUGUGACAUCGAUUUCCGACGCAGUUUCCUAGCCAUUUAACUUAUUUCGUAUACUGUUUCUAGUUUGGGAAAGUUCUAACUGAUUUUGGCAGCGAUUUUUGUUUGGUUGCAAUUUGAUGUAGACGAGUUUUGGGUUCAAAAAUUCAACACUAGCGGUACUACUAGUUUUAAAAAUGCAACGAAUAUUGGUUAUCUCUUUCAUUUACAUUGUAAGAACUGUUUAAAAUUUAAAUAAAAUAUUAAUAAAGCUUACCUUUGUAACAUUUUAUUGCUGAAUUUUUGAUAAAAAAUCUGCAGAUAUUUAAAAAUAAAAUGAAUAAAGCAUUUGAAAAAGUGUUACAUGUUGAAAUCUGAA